GAUUAAAAUACUCAUUGUCUUCAUUAAGCUGGGUGGUAGAAAAACACUGUAUUUUAAGGGACUUGAACGACGGCCCAACAUCUUUCGAGGCACUCAAUUGUCAAGGUACUCAAAAUGUUACAUAUAAAUAGUACAACGACUGAAGCACAACGUUUAAGUAUUUUUCAAGCUAUGAAGAUCCUUCUGAAGUUUCUUGCUGUAUAGUUGGUCAAAAUUUGGAUUUACUCAUAUUACGAAAACUCGGCUCGUAAAAAAUUUGUUACCAUCAGGAAAACUCCGAGCAAAUUUCUGGUAUAAAAACUACAGUUUUAUGAAAUUUAGACUUAAUUUUCAAACUGUAAAAUUUUGUACUUGCCACAAAGCAUUCAAUUAUUUGUGAGUGUUUGCUAGAAAUAGCUUAGCCUAAGCUCCACGCAUAGAUUUCUGGAUAAGCCUACUCUUUGGCUGAACUCAUAGAUUUGCUAUAAUCUUGAUAUUACUGAAUGGCAACAGUACUCUGAAACAGUUUGUUCUUUGUGUAAUUCAGAUGGUUUCUAUCUUGUCUCUUCUUACCUGGGUCAGUAGCUUUGGGAAAGAAUUCAACAUCCUAACACACCUUUUCUUAGUCGUGGCAAUAAGAAAUGAGAUGCCUUCAAGGUUGUGGAGCUGGGGAUUAAGCUUGAUAAGUUUCAUCAAUAAUUUAUUAGACUCAUCAUCUUUUAUAAUGAGAGUAGCGUCAUGAUUGUUCCUUAUGCUACGAAUAGAUAGACUGCCUCUGGACAAUAUAAAAGGAGUUCAUGCUAUCUUUUUGCAGUUGUUCCCCUGUUGUUUCAUGACAUUCUGUUUGCAAAUCUGUUCCCUUUAAACUUCCAAGUAAGGUUCGAGUAAGUCUGUUCCAUUUGGAUGGAAAUAUAUUUAAUUUCUGUUGAAAUCUUAGACCGGAUUGAUAAGGAUUUAGAUUUUAUUUGAGAACAGCUUUCAUGCGAAGCCAGAUUCCAAGGCAAUAUUAUUGACUCCAAAUGGCACCUAACCAAUGGGUUUCCUUCACCAAAAUAGAUUUAAUGUUUUAAGCAGAACGAAGGCUCGUUGAGUUCAUAACAGUCAAGUCUUGC